GGAGCUGAAUGUUAGCAAGACAUGGCCUAUAAAUUGAACAUGUUACACGAACUCUCCUCUACCAUUAUCUAUCUCUUUCCUUCUCUCGCUUGAUUCAAAAACAUCAACAAUAGAGACAACAAAUGGCCUUGAAACUUUUGCUUCUGCUAACUUUGAUGUUCUUUAGUACUCUCCAGCUUCGAUCUUGUGCUGCGAUUUAUGAACAAGAGCAGCUAGCCCUGCAGGUAGUGAAAGGACCCAACAGGAGACUUUUGCCUUAUGUUGACUGCCAAGGACUGUGCAAAGUGAGGUGCGGGGCACAUUCAAGGCCAAACGUAUGCACCAGGGCUUGCGGAACAUGCUGUGCUCGAUGCAAGUGUGUGCCGCCUGGUACUUAUGGUAACCGUCAGGCCUGUGGCAAGUGCUACACCGAAAUGACCACUCACGGCAACAGGCCUAAGUGCCCCUGAUUAAAUAUCUUGGCAUAUAUAUAAUCACCAUAUAUUUGCCAUUGUGCAUGUUGUGUGGAUGAGUUUCAAGAGAUUUCUGUUUGUUUUGUGAUCUGUAAUAAGAGAUAUCAAUGUAUGUCUUUAACUAGCUAGGUGUUGUGUACCUUCAUUAUCUGUAGCUGUCUUGUGAAUCGUGAGUGCACCAGACCUGUUUGUUUUAUCAAGCUGCACCAAAAAUGUUUAAUCAGUAGAUUAGCUGAAUGAACUUGAUAUAAUAGUA